CUUAGCGUAGCAGCUGCGGGCCCUCGUGGGAGUCUUCCUGUAUCCAGCCUGCGGCUGGGUGCGGUCAAGGCCCCUGGGAGUGAACGCAGCAGAUAGUUAUUAGAGGCUUGCACGCCCCUGCGAGGGCAGAACUCACUCUGUUACUCUGUUGACUGUGUGACUUCUCCUGCUGUACAGCUUAAUAAAAAGACCAAAACGAACUCGCCGGCUGAUGCAUUUUAUUAAAAUAAAAUUGCCAUAACAGUUGGCGUCACGAACAGGAUCCUACGAGUGGAAUCCGGCGGGGGACGGGGACCCGGUGAUCGGCCAUCCUGCGGACAAAUUGCUGCAGCCCCACCGCCAUUGACGGACUCUACGGGGACUGGGUUCGCACCUGCCGACCGGACCACCGCUAGGAUCCACGAACUGGUUUUCCCCCUUUGAGGGAAAACUCCUACAAGCACCCGGCAUUGGCUGCCAUGAAGGUGGACCCCGACCUGGACUCGCACCCCCCUCGACGCCGUCAUCCUCAAGACCAGCCACCACCCCUGCUAGAUGGAGCUGUGGGAGGAGGACCUGCCCCGGAUUCAACUACGACUCCGAGUCCCACCAGGUCUCCUAUCGGCACCCGCAGCCGGCGCCAGCGGCGCUCUACAUCUCCGUCUCCGCACGCGGUUUCAUCCACUGUGACCGCUCCGAUGGUGGAAGUUGCUGGUGCUGACGGUCCAAUUCUGGUGUACCGCCCAUGGUCUCCAGAGGAAGUUCAGCUGCACGGAAAACAACUCCCUGAUCCGGUUGACAAUGGACAGAAAUUCGGGCUUGAAUUUUCAGCGUUCUGCCAAGAAUACAGACCUACCGGAGCGGAGAUAAGAAAAAUUCUUGCCCUGAAGCUGAAGCCCUGUGACCUGGCCAAGAUACGGGACAGUAUACCCGGGGAUGAAGCCCGUCUGAAAGAUCCGGACUGGGCCCAUGUGGCCAAUGCGGGUUUCCGUAAUGCCAUCACAGUACUUACCGCAUCGAUAAAUACGGCGUUUCCCCACCGCACCGAUCUCGCUGCACUGCGUUCUCUGAAACAGGGGCCUCAGGAGCUGGUUGAGGAUUUUCUGCACAGAGCUGAAGAGGUCUUCAAUCGCCAUUCUGGACUACAGCGUCCUCCUAGGCUGGGAGAUGAUGCUGAACCCUGGGAGAAGCUCUUGUGUGCCACUAUUGUGGACGGACUGUUACCCGAGAUGGGGGCCCUCGUACGACAGCUGUAUGUGGGCAUGAGACACGAAGUCCGCCUCGCAACCCUGAGACGGCAUUGCUGCCACGCUCAGGACAUCAUCAGAGAUAAGGUCAACAAGCAGGCCGGGAGACGGGAUGCUGAUCUUCAUAAGGCUGCCUUGACCAUGUACUCGGGACCCCCACCAGCGGGGGGUCGGGGUAAAGGACGAGGAGGUCGCAGGAGCGGGGGACGUGGCCAGCGCAAGCAAUAUCGUCAAUCGGUCGACAGGGAUUGCUGUUUUCUGUGUGGUCAACGUGGACACUGGGCAAAGAAAUGCCCUCAGGCCCGGGAGGAACGCGAGAGUGGCAAGGAAGCUCCACACGCGGACUGACGGUGCGAGUGGGGGGAGGCGAUCCCAGGGACGGAGGAUUACACCGCUGAUAUUUCAGCUGCAGCGGUACAGGGAAGUGAGACACCACACACACACACAGUAGAUAG